AUGCUACCCAGAAGCCAUAACGCAAGGAGGCUGAUGCCUGCUCUGCACAUCAUGUGCUGGGGCUACUGCCAAGGAGCUGUUCAGUCACCUGGUCUGACCCUCAUCAGAACAGCCCAACAGAGCUUUAUCUGGUCAAAGGUACAGUCGCCUGAUGCCAGGACAGGAGGAUUUCAACUUUAGAAUUCAUAUGGGACCAUGGGGACCCUUGUUACCAAGUUGCUUCUCCCCACAAUCAGCAGCCUCGCCUUCCUCCCCACCAUCAGCAUUGCUGCCAAGAGAAGGUUCCAUAUGGAAGCCAUGGUCUACCUUUUCAACAUGUUCUUCAUAGCGAUAUACCAUGCAUGUGAUGGGCCAGGCUUAUCAGUGCUAUGUUUCAUGCGCCACGACAUACUGGAAUAUUUCAGCAUCUAUGGGACAGCCUUGAGCAUGUGGGUGUCGUUAAUGGCCCUGGCAGAGUUCGAUGAACCAAAAAGGUCAACUUUUGUGAUGUUUGGGGUGUUGACCAUUGCCGUGAGGAUCUACCAAGACCGAUGGGGCUAUGGGGUGUACUCAGGGCCCAUUGGCACAGCUGUUCUCAUCAUUGCAGCAAAGUGGCUGCAAAAGAUGAAAGAGAAGAAGGGUCUGUACCCGGACAAGAGCGUGUACACCCAACAGAUAGGCCCUGGUUUCUGUUUUGGAGCAUUAGCCCUGAUGCUGCGUUUCUUUUUUGAGGAAUGGGAUUACACCUAUGUUCACAGCUUCUACCACUGCUCACUAGCCAUGUCCUUUGUCUUGCUGCUGCCCAAGGUGAACAAGAAAGCUGGGAAUGCUGGGACUCCUGCCAAAUUGGACUGCUCUACACUCUGCUGUGCUUGCAUCUGA